GAUGAUGAAGGUGUCUGACCGAACGCUUGACCAACAAACUCCUACAUCGCACAUUGAAGUGUGCGGAUUCUUCUUUUGCUUAUUCCACUAUUUAGCUGAUUAAAACGUUGAAAAUGUACAUUUUGAGACCAAAUGUACUUUUGUCAUGAUUCAGUAUGAUUAUCAUUUAAGAAUAAGAAUCAACAAAACAAAAAUAAAACUACUUGAUCAAUCAGUCACUUGUAGGAAAAAUGGACAGACAGUGGUUGAUAAAACAGAGGAAAGCUGCCACAGAAGCCUGGACGUCCCUAAAGGGAGCCAUUAGCCAUAUAGGAGUUUCGGGAAAAUUUCAAGGAGCAGGGAAGGUGACAGGAAAAAUAUGUUGGUUCAGACCUCUCAGCCGUUCAUUUUCCAUACAAAAUUGACCCAUACAGAACUUUGAGACGUUGGCAUAUCCUGGUCGUUUCAGCAGUGAACAGUGGCUAAAGGCGUCCAUGGACAUAAAUAACUUAAUAAGUUUUAUUCUGUCAAAGUAAACUGUAAUUGAAUCAAAUGUUGGUACUGGGAGAGCAGCUGUCUGAUGUAAAAUGUGGCGUUCAAUGACCAGAAGACGUGCUGCAAAGGUUUUCUGUAGAGACCAUAAAGCAGUGACAAUUCCCGUGUUAGAAUCAGCGCUGCCUGCUUGGGUUUCCUUUAAUUCUGCUUCACCAGCAACUUCCAUUUUUAUAAACGCCGGUUGUUUUAGUGAUGUCUGCUGAUGUAAUUUCCCACUGAGUCACAACCAAUCAGCAUGAGUUAACCACUGGGUCAUUUUCGAGUGUUUCGGAACGUAUUUGUUUUGGUCCAGCCCGGCGACGCGUAGACGUGCACAUGCCUUUAAGGUCUGGUAAAAUUACCCAGAAGUUCCGAUAGUGGAAACAGGCCUAUUCCGCAUCAUUUUUCUUUGCAUCUUGGAUAAAACGUCACUGGAUGUUGCAAACAGAGUGUGCAAAGUCAUAAUUGAAAAUAAUGAACAAUGUGCUGAUGUGUUUUGCUGUUGUUCUGCCAUCUAAACUCAUGUUCUGUCAUUUGGAGCUGAAAUAAAAAUAAAAAUGAGAUAAAUUGCACAGCUGAAGAGCAAAGCUGAGAAUAAUCAGAGUUUUCAGAAGUGUGUUCAGGGAGGAUUCUAUACGAGAUUUACCGUUGGCUGUCUCUGCUCUGACCUCAUCUUGUGUGAUAACAAUGAGGCAGGAGGCCAAAGUUUCCUUCUUCAGCCUCUUUUGGUGGUUUUGUGCUGCAGACGCUGAGCCACUGAAAACAAGGAGCGUGCCUUUGAAUUACUGCAAGUAAUUAUUAGUGUGUGCUCUGUUGUGGGGUGGCCCGUGUGAGAACUCAGUUGAAUGCACCAGGAGGCCAAAGAAACUCCGCUGUCUCUCCUUUCCUGUGCCUUGUUCACUCGGUUGAAAAGUCGCAGCAGCAGCAGUGACGGUGGUGUCAAUUUUGGCCGGGUUGCAUCUAAAUUCACUUCAGCAGGUAAUGGAAAAGCCUGGGUCAGUCAUUUGGAAACACACACACACCCUGGGAAAAUACGACCGAAGGAGAUAAACACGACAGCUGUUUAGUGUCCGUCGGAGGGUUUGAACUCAUACAAACCGCUACACUUAAGGGGAGGUGGAUGGCAAGGGAAUUCAGCAUCAUUCAGGUGUUUAAUGAUGAAGAACGCCAGAAUGAAGAUCGAGGACGGAGGGAAGGCUGCUCACUGCAAGAGGCUGAAAGUUGGAGAUGAGCUCAUCAACAUCAACGGAUCGGCCCUUUACGGCAGCCGACAGGAAGCUCUCAUCCUCAUCAAGGGCUCGUAUCGGAUACUGAAACUCACAAUCAGGAGACGCAGCGUUCCUCUCAUCAGGCCUCACUCCUGGCACUUGGCGAAGCUGUCGGAGCCCCUCUCACCACCACCACCUCCUCCUCCCCCCUCCCCACCACCCCUACCUCCCCGCCUGCCCCCCGCAGACUCCCCUCCACUGCCCCCUCCCCCUCCUCCCCCUCUGUCUGCCAUGCAGCUCCACUCCGGCCCCUACACACUACCCUGGCACUCAACCGACAACAGUGACUUGUCCAUGCAGUGGGCCCAGGUGCCCAGACCAUACUCCUCUACUGAACGAAGCAGCUCUCUGGGCUCUAUGGAGAGCUUGGACACACCAACCACAACUACACAGCCAUACUCCGACUCCCACAAUUCACCUGUGGACGCCAUCUUUAACAACAAGCGAGACUCUGCCUACAGCUCCUUCUCUGCCAGUUCAAACACUUCUGACUAUGCCACUGUGCCGCUAAGGCCUGGUGAAGCAUGCUCCAUGGAUAAUCUCCUCCAAAGCCUUGGACCAACUUGUCAGGGGUACCCAGGUGACCACGCAGCCCCGAAGACGUCAUCUGAUGAAGCCUCAGAUGAUGCACAACUCCUUGCACAUAAGUCUAGGUCAUUGACCAGGCCUAAACCAAGGCCCAUUGAGGUAAAAGAGAGACCUUUGUCUUGUUGUUACGACCAGGAUCACAGGGGAGAAGACUUUGAGGGUGUUAGAAAUGGAGACGUUCGAAAAGAAAGGAGUAGCCCCCCUCAGCCGCCAACUAGGAAAGACAGUUUUAGGGCAACCCAAAGUCGCCCAGAUACCGUCAACAAACGUUGCACCUCAGCACCUGCUGAAGACAGCAGUUCAUAUUACAAAGAAAACAACUCCAGUCUGAAAGCUGAACCUUUAAUACAAAAUGGGUUUCCUUCAGGAAAAGAUGGCCAAUCUGAGGCCUUAAAAAUAGACUCAAUAGACUCACACUUUGUCCAAAUACAGACUGGGGAAUUUAGACCUCAAUGUGACAGCAGCAAUCAAACAGACUACGUUUCCGAAACCACAUCAGUAGACCUCCUUGACUCAGCAGCAAACUCUAAAGACCUGAUAACUUCUCCGGGUCCAGCUGCAUCAGCUGAAUCAAUCCUUGAAGUUUCGUCCAAGCACUACUCUGCUGGGCUACACCAUAACAGUGCCCCAGAGAAGCUUCUCGCUACGCAACUUCAGUUACUGCAGUUCAACAAUAACAACUCUUCUUUAGAGCCUUACAACUCAUCAGACCCUUCUGAUCCAUCCUUGUCUUCCUGUAGCAACCAGUGGUCCCAUUCUUCAUCCCUCCACCCUUCCACGGAAGCUUUUCAUAACCAUCAGCCUCUAUCAAAUAAAUGGGAAGGUAGUCGAUGCUCAACCCCGGGGUCUGUGUUUUUGGAAGGAGAGGUGGAAGGUGGUGCUUUAAGUGAGAAGUUUGAGAGAAAUGUUAAUGGGAAGUCCCUUUCACCAGUUCACCAUCACACACCUUGGCGUCGCUCUGUUAGCGUACCAGCAGUACACACAGAAUCGUCACCCCAGGAAAGACUAGGCUCUGAUCAGAUUGUGGAGAAUGAUUUCCAACCUCUUAGUGCUGCUGUCAGUGUUGAUACCUUACUUGGGGAGCAACUAGUUGUGGAAAAGGGAAGAAACCGAGAAAAUAAAGAGGAAGUUGUAGAAAGAGAGGAAAACAGGAAAUCAAACCCUUCUAAAACCUUCAGGCGGAACCGCCGGCGCAGUGAGCGUUUUGCCACCAACCUUAGGAAUGAGAUUCAAAGGAAAAAAGCCCAGCUUCAGCGCAGUCAUGGCCCAGGAGGGUUGCUUUGCAGUAGAGAAACCGUCCAAGAAGAGGAGGGUUCAGACCACUGUGAAGAAGGGGACUCUAUCCUCCCUGUCCAGAAAAAAUGUGCCAAAGUUGCCUUUGCCUCACCAGCAGGCUCUGAAGAUUCCCAGACCGUACCACAAGUCAGAACAUCAAACUCCAGUGAGUCAAACAUGGAUGUCCUGCAGACUCGGUCCACAGCCUACACUCAGAACAGCGACCGAUCCAGAUCUGUUCAGAUUCUGGACCCAGGCAUUCCCAGUUUUGGUGUUGGAAUCAGAGUUGUAGAGGAACCGGCUCCUGCUGGCAAGGCCCGCCGCUGGCGAUGGACCCCAGAGCACAAACUCCAGCCAGAACCAGACGUAGACCAACGGUUUGGCGUCUCAGGUGAAAAGAUGUUAGGGGUCAUGGAAUCACGUCAUGGAGUUUGUGCCUUCACAUCUUCGUCCAACUCCCCCUACAGUCGUUCAUCUUCUAGUUCCCGAAAGGAGGAGUCAGACAUCCUUCCAUUUGCAGAUCGAAUGAAGUUUUUCGAGGCGACUUCCAAAGGCAUAUCUGUUUCAGAUGCCUCGACAUUAUCUCAUCACAGACAUAAAACUCCUGAUCAUUAUCCAGAGCACCAGACGAGUGAGCUUGGUCAAGUUUCCACUCAGAGGAGAUACUCCUACAAGGGUGGACUGCAACAAGAUAGUGUUCAGCUUCCACACACUUUGGAGGCCCAGAGGCAGUCAGUGAGUACCACCAAAGAGACGGAGAAAGAGAUGGAGCGAGAACAAUUUAGAGAAAGGGAUGAGAGAGAAGAGAGGAUGAGAGAGAUGGAACGAAAGCAGGAGACAGAGAGGCAAGAGCAGAAGUUAGAAAUGGAGCGUGCACGACAGAGGGAGAUUCAAAGGGAGAUGGAGCGAGGGGAGAGGGAAAGAGAGAGGGAGCUUGAAAGAGAGAGGAAAAGGGAGGAAAAUGUUCAGGUUACCAAACAUUUACCCCAAUGUUACAAUAACCUUGGCAUCAGAGAACAAGGCGAAGACUUCCAACAUCAAGAUCAUGUCCACAACUUUUGCCAUCCCAAGCCGCCGACGUUCCCUCUUGGCCAAUCUCCGAAUCAAAUCCCUCGAUCUGCGUUUUAUCCAGUAAGCCAUCAUAAACAGCCCCUGGAGAUCCAGCAGUCUCAGGAAUACACAGCAAGGAGCUACACACCCACAGAGGCGUAUCACGCCCGGCAACAGGAAACCACCAAGCUCAACAGGAAGUACAGCCUGACUGAGAGAGACUACCCAAGUUGGAGGCAGGAGUCCAGGGCGCCUCAAAACAUCCGUCAGCAGCAGCAUCACCUCCAUCAGGCUCAGUGGGACUGCAGGCGGAGCGACAACAGUAACGAUGACCUAAACGCUUACUCCUCCACUCCACCGCCGGCUCCUCUUUUCCUUCGAGGACGAGCCAUGUCUGAAAAUGACAUCCGCUUCGAAAGCAGCCUCCGCUGGUCACCGUCCCUUUCCUCCGCCGCCAGUCAGACCCUUAGCGAGGUGGAGGAGGGAGGACGAGUGCCAAGCAUCACCCAUCAGGGCAAGAAGAAAACACCUCCUCCACUGAGACCACCGCCUCCCAAGUGGGAGCAGUUCCACCGCCGCCGGGCAUCUCACCACACCCUCUUUUCCUCUUCUUCUGCUGCUGCUCCUCACUCCAUUCCGGCUUCCUUUAACACCCCUGAGACGCAUUCCUCCUCCUAUGUCCCUCCACCUGAAACAUCCCGCCAGAGGUCCUACAGUCUUCCUCCAGAGAGGCAGGAAGUGGUGGAGGUCUGCCCUCGAUGCAGCUGCAAGCAGACUCAAACCCAAGAGCUCGCGUACUCUCAUGGUUUGUCCAAUCAGAAUCUAGCUCAGUUCCAGGAACACCCUUUAUCUGUGGCUCCGCCCAGUCCGAUGUUCUUCAGGAAGGCUUUUAGACCGGUGGCGCCGCCCUAUAUGGAGAGGGAGGAAGAAGUGAGAUUGGAGGCUCCACUGGUGGAAAGUUCUGUGAGCAGUUCACAUGUGACAGAGGUGGUCCACAAUCAGGACAGAGUACCAGUGAAACCACACAAACCACAGCCCACCGUGAGGCCUGGAGCCCAGUGGGAGAGAACUUCAUCUCCCAGAGUUCAUAGCAACGCUUCACCGUCCAGCAUCUUAGAAAACGGUAGUCGUCCUGCUGAGACGUGCGUCAGUCCAGCGAUGUUGGAGCAGCAGAAGAAAGUCUCCGAGCCCGGAACGGAAUCUGAGGCCACCCUGAGCCCAAGCCCCGUCCACAGCCUGGACCUGAACCUCCCCCUGGAAACAGACAUCGAUGACUUCCAGGAAGAGGAGCUCCCGACGCGGGACGUCCCCAUCACCAGUGAGCUCCCGUGCUUCGCUCAACCCGUCACCAUCCUGGAGACGGACAUCGACACAGUGCCGGACGCUGAGGUGGCGCCGUUGGGGAUGGAGAGCAGUGAACUGGAGGAGGAGCUAGGGAGUAGAGAGAGGCUGAGCCUGGAGGAGCUUUUCCCCCAGUGUGGUGAGAGGGAGUCGGGCACGGAGAGCUGGAGAGGAUCCUUCCUACCUGUGGAGCAGAACACAGACAGCCUGGACAGAUGUUCUGGUGCGAGCUCCAGCUGCUCCUCCUAUUACCAGACAUCUGCAGCCAAGGCCCAGCUCUUGUCUCAGAUGAAGGACUUCACAGAGAGCCGGGAGCGGGACGAGGACGACGAGCUGACAUACAAGAAACAGCUGAUGGAGAGCCUCAGGAAGAAGCUGGGAGUGCUGAGAGAAGCUCAGAGGGGCCUGCAGGAGGACACCAGAGCCAACUCACAGCUGGGAGACGAGGUGGAGAGCAUGGUGGUGUCGGUGUGUAAGCCCAACGAGGUGGACAAGUACCGCAUGUUCAUCGGUGACCUGGACAAGGUGGUCAGCCUGAUGCUGUCUCUGUCUGGGAGGCUGCUGAGGGUGGAGACCACACUGGACACACUGGACCCAGAGGCAGAUCACCAUGAGAGGCUCCCCCUGUUGGAGAAGAAGCACCAGCUCUUGAGGCAGCUGUCCGAGGCUCAGGACCUGAAGGACCAUGUGGACCGCAGAGAGCAGGUCGUCAGCCGGGUUCUGGCCCGCUGCUUCACUCCAGAGCAGCACAGAGAUUACUGCCACUAUGUGAAGAUGAAGGCGGCCUUGCUUGUGGAGCAGAAGCAGCUGGAGGACAAGAUUCGUCUUGGCGAGGAGCAGCUGAGGGGGCUGAGGGAGAGCCUGGGGCUGGGGCUGGGAAUCGGCAUGGGAAUGUCCAUGGGAUACGGACAUUAUUAACAUCAAAAGCACGUUGUCACGUUCGGUCGGAGUAACCUGGUAUAGAAGUUGGAAAGCAAACAGGCAGAUAAAACAUUUGCACAUCAUUUUAAGAAAACUGACAGGUUUAGAGAUGUAUGGGAAAACACUCAGAGACAGAAGUAGAGGUGAGUCCCACAGAGGAGUGGGAUUACCUGUAAUUAUCCCCAUCAAAGCAGAUUAAGGGUGAUGUUGCCUGUACUGUAUAACCACACCGCCACUGCACACCUGUAAACGCAAAAGCCAAAGAUUCUGUUCUCCAUGUUUAAACCUCCCAGUUCAGAGAACUGUAGGAGUGUUUUGGUGCUUCCGUUAACCACGCUAAAGCUGAUGUUUGCAGCUUCGGUAACUGCUAAACCUGCAUCCUGCUGCACGUUAACCGUUAUAUCCUGUUGUAUCGCGUUGUGUUGUAUGUCUGUCCUGUUCAGGACCAUAUUUGUGUGGAGUUUGACACUCCGUUGGUUAACUGUCACAUAAUGAUCAUUGUGUACAGAAGACUCUAGUGUUUAUUGUGUAAAUGGUUUGUAUAUAGUGUUGUUAUCCUUUAUAAAGACUGGAAUUAAAGAUUGAAAAGAGAAGACCUGGAACAGGUGGGUGUUACUGUAUAUGUUGAAGGUAAAUGAGUCCAGAAAAGUUUGGUUUGUUCAAAUUAUUAUUUUUUUGUCAUCCCUAAAUAUAUCUUCAGGUAAUGAGUCUUGGUCAGAAAAAUCAGUAAAUGUUGGUAAUUCUGGAGUGGGGAACAUACAAAACAAACAUAAAUGCUCUAAAACUUUGCUUAAAUUUAGAAAUAUCUGUUUUUAAAAACUCCCAGCUAGCUUGUGUUGUUAGCUGAAAUUUUUAUGCUACAUAGCUGUUUUAUUUUUUAGGAAGUCAGUUUUAGCAUAACAAAAAGCUACAUAGCAUUUCCGGUCUUUAAAGCUGCAGGUUGGUGGAUUUUUACUUUAGCUUUGCAGACAAGCUAGCAGGUUGCCACCCAUUUCCAGUCUGUGCAUAUGCUAGCAUACUAAAAUAACUUCAAAUUUUAGACUUCUAGAUGGAAUUCGGUUGAGCUACAAAGGAUGCUAGCAUGCUAAUUUUUGUUUUAAAUGUAAGUGAAAAUGUGACUGUUUAUGCUAGGGAUGCACAGUAUAUUGGCCAUAACAGUGACAUCGGACAUGUUAGUUUUUUUUUAUGUGUCAAAAUAGGUUUGAUAAGUAAAACAGGGCAUGUGUGUGCAUGUGUGUAUAUAUGUACAUAUAUAUAUAUAUAUAUAUAUAUAUAUAUAUAUAUAUAUAUAUAUAUAUAUAUACACACACACAUAUAUAUAUAUUUUUCAAAUGAAUGUAUGAGUGUAUGCACAUAUAAAUACAAAUGAUAAAUUGGAUAUCUAUAUUGGCCUAAUUUUACAUCAUGGUGCAUCCCUAGUUUUUGCUUUUGACUCACUGUGUAACAAAAUAAAAGUCUACAGCCCAAAUUUUAGUUACUUCCCGCCAAAAUCCCCCUCGUACAUUCUAAAUAGCUUUUACUGCAGCUCUACUUUUUCCAAAGUUUACUAGACAGUCUUAAAACAUUUCAUAUCUGUCUGACAUAAAUUAAAUCCCCGACAUGUUUUUUUAUUCACUUCUAUGCAGACGAUUCCUGCUGAUUUUUCUUCUGAGCGACUCUUAACACAGGAAGUUCCACUUGUUUUUACUGUGUAUAUACUGAAUGUACUUUUGUGCCAAAACAGCCCUUUUCCAAACCGGUUGGAAAUAAAAAUGAAAAGGACAGAGGUUGGUUGCCUGUUGGACCUGUAAGAGAGAGUAUAUUGUUCCGUUCAUGUGUAAUUUUGAUUUAUUACGUAAACAUUUUUUGUUACCGUGUGAGAAAGAAGUACCAUAAGUAAUAAUAAUAGUAUUUUAAACAAG